CUCUCUCUCUCUCACACACACACACACACACAGAAUAACAGACUGAAUCUGAAUAAAUUGUGGCCUGGAGUCUGGAGAACGUGCCAAGUUCAAAGCAUUGCAAUCUCCUCCUCCUCCGACACCGCUGCUUGCUCCAUUUUGUUCGGAGAUAGGAUAACGCCGGCCAGCCUCUGAUCGGCAAUCUCACAUGGCCGAUUCGUUGACGGAAGAACAGGUCGCGGAGUUCCGAGAAGCCUUCUGUUUGAUCGACAAGGAUUCCGACGGCUUCAUUACCGUGGAGGAACUGGCCACGGUCAUCCAGUCUCUGAAUGAGCAUCCGACAAGGCAAGAGGUCGAAGACAUGAUAAGCGAAGUCGACACCGACGGAAAAGGCACCAUUAAUUUCGAGGAGUUUUUGAAUGUCAUGGGAAUAAAAGCCAAAGACAGCGUAGAAGAUGAGCUUAAAGAAGCAUUCAGAGUGUUCGAUCGAGAUCAAGACGGAUUCAUAUCAGCCGCUGAGUUGAGACAGGUGAUGAUGAAUCUGGGAGAGAGACUGACGGAUGAAGAGGCUAUCCAGAUGGUUCGGGAAGCUGAUCUAGAUGGAGACGAGCGUGUUAGCUAUGAAGAAUUUGCCAGGAUGAUGAUGGCGGUGUGACCAAAAUAGAAUGAAUAUAUAUAUAUAUAUAUAUAUGGGUGCGUGUGUAUGUGUAUUAUAGUGUUCUUUUUGUUUGCAUUUCAUCCUCCACGGAUAUUUGUUUCCUUUGGGCUGUUUGUUGCAGCCUAAAGCAUGCAACUUUUAACUUCAAAAAAAUGGAAU